GUUCCCAUGAUGCUGAGCAGCACAAUCCCGUGGUUUGACAAGGCCACCAAGAAGCCGAAUUUCGUGCGGCACGACUUGAACGACAGAGAACAGCAGAAGACAUUGGAGCGCCACGUGAAAACCAUCAUGGACUACGGCCUGGUCGAGGACAUGCGCGGGGUGCCAUUUGCACAAUUGUCGGAGGGCGACCGGCCCCCGUACCGCCUCUUCGCCCAUGCCCACCUGGCGACUGCAUUCUACAUCGCCUUCCAGAGGAACCCUCGGAACAGCAACGUCCUCGCCACAUUCAAAAAGGGUCUCGCCCGCGUCGUGUCGUUCAUUGAAAUCUUGGACUGGGCCGCCAAAGUCAUGGCGGGGUGGCACGCGUACGCGCACGACAACGGCAUCCAGGCUCGGGAGGGCGAUGGGUCCACAAGCAGCCAGUACCGCAUCAAGUGCUGGACGUACGUCAAGGAUCAUUUCAAGGAGCUGGUCUUGCGCGGGACCAUUCCCAACCAGACCGCGCUCGAGCUCUAUAACUUCAUCAACAAAGUAAUUCGUCCACACCCGGGGGGCAAACUUGGCAUCUACGAUUCGAUCAGGAAGUGGGCGAACAAGAAUGCAGUGUUCGGGGACGGCCAGCUCAAGAACGAGACGCUCUUGUCCAGCAUGAAGGUCAUGCUGGGCGCGCUCCAGGACCUGACCAACGAGUCCAAGUUCCACGGUGUCAGCGUCUCGUUCACCAAGAAUGAGGUCAAGCUCCUCGUACUUGAG